UUUACAGUUGGAGACUUGGAGAUAAUGAGGAAUCGCCGUCGAACAUACAAUGUUAGGGCAACUCCGCCGUCAUUGUUUCCCGAAUCCCUGACAGUGAAUUCCAUUGUUCAAGCGAGAGGAGAUUGGAGAUCGAAGAGGAAGUGUUAUACAGGAUCGUGGGAUCAAAAUAUUCCGACAGAUCUCUUACAGGAUAUAUUAUCCCGCCUCGGAUUAAAAGCCAACAUAAAAGCUUCUAUUGUCUGCAAGACAUGGCUUGAAGAAGCUGUUUCUGUCCGGAAGUUACAGCCUCGUCCUUGGCUUUUUUAUCGACAAAGAAGAGCAGAACACGAAUACUCUCCAGCUGGAACUUACAUUCUUUUUGACCCAUUACGGUCUCAACAAUAUAAGCUCAAUUUUCCAGAGUUGGAGAGAAACCAUGGAAUAAUUUGUUCUAGGGAUGGUUGGUUGCUAACAUACGAUAGCGGUUAUGCACUCUUUCUUAACCCGUUUACCCAGGAGAGCUUCUAUUUAACCGAGGGGUCUCCCUACAAAAGAAGCUAUUCUUUAGCUUUCUCAGCUGCUCCUACAUCAGCUAGCUGUAUGGUGAUCUCGUACCCCCAAAUAUCUUCAUGCGCAUCUGUUGUGAUCGAUACUUGGCGGCCUGGUGAAACCGUAUGGACCACCCAUUGGUUUAAGAAUCAGUUACCCAAGCGCAUAUGGGGCAAAUGUGUCUUCUCGAAUGGUAUGUUCUACUGUCUCAGUACCUGCGGCUACCUUGGGGUUUUCGACCCGUCUAAAUCAACCUGGAAUAUUCUUCCUGUGAAACCAUGUCCCGCCUUUCGGGGUCGUAUACCAGUAUUGAUGACGGAGCAUGAAGGAGACAUCUUUGUUAUAGUUUAUACAUGUAAAAACAACAACCCAAUGGUGCUUAAACUAAAUUUUAAACGCAAUGUAUGGGAAGAGAAGAAAGAUCUUGGUGGCUUGACAGUAUUUGCAAGUUUCCCUUCCUCUUUUGCAAGAGCUGGUCUCUCGACAGAGCAGAGGAACAAAAUAUGUUUAUCGUAUAGGGAUAAGUGUGGGCGAUAUGACGUGUCCUACUCCGUCAGGUGAUGAGAAAAGCUCUUAUCCCCCUCCAGAAACCGUUUUGAGUAAAUCCAUUGUUUGGGUGGAGCCACCUCAUAACUACGUUAAUUUGUGAUUUCAUCAUCCCUUGUAUUAUGAAAAACUUUAUUUAUGCAUUUUAAAACUCUGAUUUGAAUUAUUUGCAAGUCUUUUUUGCAUUGUAGCUCGGAUACUCUAAGAAUGUGACAAGUUUCUAUCAAUCCAAUGCCUACUCUUUAAAAGUUAAACACAUUGUAUCUCGAAUAGUCAAUGAAUUCACUUUAAAGGA